AGAACCCUUUCGAAGCAUUGAGGGCCACACGCUUCUUGGAACAGAUCAUCGUCGCCAGGGACGCAACGAAAAAUUCAAAAAUGAAGUCUGACUAUCGUGCGUUGCCUUCCGACGGGCCGCCGCCUGCUCCUCUGCAGCGGAACUGGGUGCUGCUCUUCGUCUUUCUUGCUGCAAGUUUGCUAUUCGGAACCUGCUGGCUUCUCCUGCCAGAACCUGUCUACCCAAGUGAAGUACCAGCAGCAAGGCUAUCCGCAAAACCUUUCCACCCGCUGUUUUUUUUUCGCUGUUUUCUGUGACUGUGACAAGUAUCUUUUUGUCGCUCUCGCUGCGAUGCAACUUUAUUCUUUUCUGCCAGGAAACGGCGAAAAAAAAAAACGAUCUUCACUCGCAUAUCCUAAAGCCCAGUUUUCCGGAAUACUUGACGAAACAACGAUGUACAUCUUCAGUGGCCGCGGUGCUCAUCGCUCCGUAUUGCAAGACCUGUGGUCCUUUGACUUCUUUUCUAAGCGCUGGAAGCACCAUCGCAAGCCGAGUCCAAAGUUCGCGUUAGGCUUUCCAGAGGCAAACGGCGAUGCCUUUCUUCUGCCGGUGACCGGCCGCUCCGAGGAGCUGUACAGCCCGGACAAGCAAAUUGCACCGACAGGCCGUUUCAAUGGAUGCCAUGUCAGCACGCAGGACGGCAUCUUCAUCUUCGGAGGCGACGAGAAGUUCUAUGGCACAGGCGACCCUGACCCGAACUUCAUGAGUCGCGAGUUGUGGGUUUUGACGACUCGGCAUCACAAAAAGAAGCCGCACUGGCAGCGCAUCGGGCCGUUAGUCUGGAACUUUACGAACGCCACGGCUCCCUCAAUGCUGAGCGGAAAUGGCUUCAGCGACGAAGCCAAGGCAAAAUAUAGCGUGGAACGCUCUGCCCCUGCAUGCAGCUACGAUGCGAAUGCAAAACAAUUUUUUUUUGUCGGCGGUCGACCUGGUGUGGGCUCUCCUGACAACGAGCUCUGGGUGAUCGAUGUCGGGUAUGGAAAAAAAAGACUUGUUCUGUGGACGCUUCUGUUGCUGCUUGUUCUGCUCUACAUUUAUGUUGUCUUCGCUAACUCCUAUAUAGCCAAGAGACAAAAGCGUCUGCAGCCGCCUUGUACCUGCAUACCUAAACAAAAACUGCCACGCCUGCCACGAUGAGCGGAACCGUCCGACCACUGCCAGUCAAAGGCGCGUGCGCUGGAAGUCCACGGGCUUUCGUGACGCCAUCGACCGCACAGCCAGCAGAUUUUUCAUCUACAACUACUGCAGACCAAACGGCUAAUUCAACAUUCGAUAACUGGGUGCCUGUUAUGUAUCUUCAUGGCGGCCGAAACGGAAACCGAUAUUCCAAUCAACUUCUGAAAUUAAGGCGACACACUGCUUCCGGCAUUUUCCAAUGGGAGCCGCUUGCUGGAGAGUACGGCGUGGUGACAUCGGGAACGAUCCGGCAAGCCGUUUUUGAACCUAGCGCAACCGUGACCGAAACCCAUGGCGCAAAGCGACGAGCAAUCCCACCGGCCAGGAAUCACCAUGCCUGCACGUACAUCGAAGAACAUGACCAAUUCUGGGUUUUCGGUGGUAGAAGUAAUCACCGCGGCAACGACGAAGGCCUCCUCCACGAUCUGUGGGGAUACAGUACGAAGAAAGGUCUCUGGCAUCGCCAGGGGCCUCGCAAAUCAGCAAAGGCAUGGCCAACUCCACGGUUUCUUCCUUCAUUCGAAUACCUUGCCAGCGCGGACAAUUUUCUAGUCUUUGCUGGACAAGAUAGAACUCAAAAAACAAACGACAUCUGGCUACUGAGCCGCAUGACCCAUAAGACUGAUCUUGUUCAGCCCUGUGAGUAUUGUGACUGA